UACCACGCGUUGCGCCGCUGCCUUUUCCACUGCUUCUACUCCUCGUCCCUUCACAUCUCUUUCUUCUACUUCUUCUGCUUUGCUGUCGUCGUCGUCAAUCAAGACUCGCUGCAUUGCCCCUCGAGCGCAUACCGUACCAGCUUUCAAGACUAG